CUUCUUUGUCAAAUAUAUCUUUCUGGAAUCUAUUAUUGCUAUCAAUGGCAUCAUUGUCCUUAAAUUUUUUGAACAUUACAUUUUCAUUUGAAAUUGAGCUACUAACUGAGGUGCCCACAGAAUAUAGGUCACAACAUCAAUUUAUAUUUAUCUCUGUUUUCUUUAUCUCAAUCUAAUUAACGAGUCUAUUCACCUGGGUUACAUAAUUGACUUAUAAUCUUAGCAAUCUAGAGGUCCUCCUCCUCAAAGGUAAUAAGCUCAAUGGAACGCUACCAAUGGAAGGCAAGAAUUUUGUUACUUACAUUGUCUUAGGAUCACCCUGCAAUCUUGAUUGUAUUUUGUUAAGUUCUCUUAGCUCUAUUUUACCUUUGUCGUAUGUUUUGGUAGGUUUGACAUCCUUCUGCCAUCUGGAGAUCUUAGAUUUGAGUAGGAAUAAUUUCUUUGCAAGUAUUCCUCCAUCCAUAGGAGCAUUAUCUUCUCUGAAAGCUCUAUCUCUGGCUCAAAAUAACCUUAAUGUUUCUUUACCAAUUCAAGGUUUGUGCAAACUGAAGAAACUUGAAGAGUUAGAUCUCAGCUAUAACCUCUUUGAAGGAACCCUUCCUCCAUGCCUAAGCAAUAUGAGAUCUCUCAAGUUUUUUGAUAUUUCUCUAAACCAAUUCACAGGAAACAUUUCUCCAUCUCAGUUUGGAAGCCUUUACCCCCUCGAGUACAUUGGUCUUGGUCAUAAUCGUUUCGAGGGUUUAUUCUCAUUCAGCUCAUUUGCAAACCAUUCAAAGCUUGAGGUGGUUGAAUUGAUAAGUAACAAUGACAAAUUUGAGGUGGAGACUGAAUUGACAGAUUGGAUUCCCAUCUUUCAGUUGAAAGUCCUUGUUCUAUUAAAUUGCAAUCUAAACAAGCUCUCUGGUGAUGUUCCGAAAUUUCUCCUUUACCAAAACAAGCUAAUGUUCGUUCAUCUCUCCUACAAUAACUUGAGAAGGUCUUUCCCAAACUGGCCACUGGUGAACAACACGAUACUAGAAAUUUUAUUCCUAUGGAAUAACUCGUUUGUUAAUCCAUUUUCUCUGCCACAAUACUGCUAUAUAAGUACUAACAGAAUUGAUGUCUCUGACAAUCGCUUAAGUGGGCAAGUUCAAGCCAAUAUUGGGGAUAUGUUUCCAUAUAUUCAGUACUUAAACUUAUCCAGGAAUGCUUUUGAAGGUGGUAUCCCAUUCUCAUUUGGUAAGAUGAGACCUCUCACAAAUGUGCUCUCCAAAUUGCCUAAAUUGAAUUUCCUUGAUAUUAGCAACAACUACAUGUCAGGUAAGAUUCCAAGUUCAAUGGAUAACAAGACGUCGUUACAAACACUAAUCAUGCGAAAUAAUUCAUUCAAUGGUGAUUUCCCAUGUGCACUGGUUCCAAGUGCGUUUAUGGUCAUCUCUUAUAACUCAUUUUCGGGAUCAAUACUUCCUUCUUGCUCAAACCCAAACCUACAACACUUAAAGCAUAAGCAUAUGCAUUUGCAUGGUAACAAGUUUACAAGGUCAAUUUCAAGAGCUCUCCUUAAUUCGUCAUAUCUUUUGACUCUAGAUAUUAGAGACAACAUCUUUUUUGGCAGCAUUCCUGAUUCCAUCAGACUACUCUCCAAACUUAGAAUUCUUCUGUUCAGAGGGAACCAACUAAGCGGUUCAAUUCCAAUUCAAUUGUGUCAACUAAAUCAGAUAAAUUUGAUGGACCUUUCUAAUAACUAUUUCAAUGGUUCUAUACCUCCUUGUUUCAAUACUAUCACCUUUGGCACGAUAAAGGCUAGUGACCGACCCUUCAUGCAAGAACCUUUAAAUAAUUUUGGUGGGUUUACAACUUACUGA